UAAGAAAAAUAUCAAGUAAUUUUGUACGAGACGCCAUUUUGGUCGCCUUCUUUCUUUGCGCUGCAGUGUUUUGUUUUGCGUAUAUAAAGUAAAUUGUUAAUUAAGAUGGAGUUAAAAGAAUACGUUAGUAAUCGAAGUUACAUCAAAGGUAGCAUAACUCGAAUUGAGACUUAUUGCACGGGGGCACAGUUUGAUGCUUCUGCAUGCAACUUGUUGCGCGAAAAGCGGCUUCGCAUUGUUCAACUGUUUAAAGAUUACGAGAAGCUGAACAAGCAAAUCCUAUUGCUUGACCCUGACGACAGGGAGAACUACGACGAAUACGAGAAAAAACGCGCCAUCGCGAUGGAGAAUACUGCAGAGGAGAAGCUGACUGCAGAGAAGCAGCCGCAUAAGCAGCAGCCAAUGAAGUCUGGUAAGGCUAGUUUCGUGGCUUCCGGCGUGGCUUCUAACAUCAAUACAUGUGCUGCAGCGUGAGUCGUUGCCGUUAUCCCCAUCUGGUCCGUUUUUGGUCAAUACAAGUUUUGGAUAUGUCGUCGCGGGGAAUUUGCCGGUAUCUGCUGGCAAAAUUUCUUCAUGUAAUCUAUGCCUUACAAUUGAAGGUAAAAAUAAUAUAUUUAAAGGUUGCAAUGACAUUGAAGGUAAUAAUUUAUUAAAAACCUGUGAUGAUAUUCCGGACAUAAACUUAAUUCCUGAUUCAAUAAUUGAAGAUAAUUCUUUAGUUAAUAAUUGUAAUUCUAUUCAAGGUCAGGCUUCAACUAAUACUUGCAAUUCACAAAAAACUUCAAUAUGUGAACUUGAUAAUAAUAUCUCCAAAUUUUGGGAGUGUGAGAAGGUCCCUACUGUGUUUAAAGAGGGCACCACUGAACAUGAGUUAGCAGAAAAAUGUUUUCAAAAUUCUGUUAAACUAAUAAAUAAAAGAUUUUCUGUUGCAUUACCACUAAAACUUGAUUUACAAGAUGUGCAAUUAGGUGAAUCAUUUUCAACUGCAUUACAAAGGUUUUAUAACCUAGAAAAACGAUUUUUAAAAGAUGUCAAUUUGCAUCAAAAAUAUAAAAGUUUUAUUCACGAGUACAUUGAGCAGGGACAUGCGUGUUAUUAUGAUAUUUCUAACUAUGACAUGAGUGCAGGUAAUGUUUAUUUUCUUCCUCAUCAUCCAGUAAUCAAUCCAAACAGUAAGACAACCCCCGUACGUGCAGUGUUUGAUGCUAGCAUGAAAACAAAAAAUAAUUUGUGUUUAAAUGACAUCAUGUUAAAUGGGCCGGUUGUUCAGAACGACCUUUUUGACAUUCUGAUUCUAUUCAGAACUUAUAAGUUUGUUCUAUUGUGUGACAUUAAAUCAAUGUAUAGAUGCAUUCUAGUUGACAAUAAAUACUGCUGUUUACAAAAUAUAUUGUGGAGAGAUAACAUGCAUGAUCCAGUUCAGUGUCUUCAAUUACAAACCGUUACUUACGGAUUAAAAAGUUCAGCUUAUUUAGCCACUCGGUGCUUAAUAGAGUUGGCUCAGCUGUAUAAGGAAACAUACCCUUUAGCAUCUUUUGUUUUACAAUAUUCCAGUUAUGUUGAUGACAUUCACUGCGGAUCUAAUGAUGUUAGUGAAUUGAAUGAGACCAAAAGGCAACUGAUGGAACUCAUGGAAUUAGCAGGGUUUUCUUUACAUAAGUGGUGUUCAAACCAUAGUGAACUUUUAAAUGACAUUCCUUCUGCUUUGCAUCAAUUGUCAGGCAGUAGAGAUUUUGAUAAAACUAGUAAUUAUAUAAAAACAUUAGGGCUUACCUAUGAUGUAACUUCUGAUGUACUAAAUAUUCAAUGUCCUGAAAAACAAGUCCAAAAUACCUACACUAAAAGAGAAAUGUUAAGUUUCAUUAGUAAGUUUUUCGACCCCUUAGGUUUAGUGGGUCCCAUAUUAGUGCAGGCAAAACAUUUAAUGCAGCAAGUUUGGUUCGAGGAUUUAAAAUGGGAUUCUGUCCUACCACCUCAUUUAAAUAAGCAAUGGGUUGACUUUGCUACUAGUUUAGUACAUAUGUCGUGUAUUUCAAUACCUAGAAAUAUCAAUGUACAAAUGUCUAAUAAAAUUGAACUAAUUGGUUAUUCUGAUGCCUCAAAUAUCGCAUAUGGUUGUUGUUUGUAUUUGAGAAUUAUUGAUAUGGAUAAUAAUGUAAAGGUCAAUCUGUUAUGCUCACGCUCACGAAUUAAUCCUAAAAAUAAAAUCUUAACAAUUCCAAGGCUUGAACUGAAUAGUGCAUUAUUGUUAGCAAUGUUAGCUAAAAAAGUUUAUGACACUUUGUCCCUUAAAUAUGAUGUGACAACAUUCUUGUAUUCAGAUUCAAAAAUUGUACUUUCAUGGCUUGACAUUGAACCUGUAAAGCUGAGUGUAUAUGUGGCAAACAGAGUUGAUAAAAUUAAAAACUUAACUUCCACUUUUAAGUGGUAUUAUGUAAACACAAGGGAUAACCCAGCUGAUUGCUUGUCUCGAGGCGUGAUACCUCAGGCACUAGAAGGAAAUACCUUGUGGUUUCAUGGUCCACAUUAUUUACAAAAUUGUAAUUACGUACAUUGUGAUGCACCAUGUAACAAAUCAUUAAUUGACAUACCUGAAUUGAAAUGUAUAAAACAAGUUUGCAAUACAUGUAACUUUGUAAAUCCAUUGAAUAAUAUAUUAGAAAAAUACUCUAAUGUUGAAAAAAUGACAAGAGUCAUGGCAUAUAUUAAAAGAUUUAUUUAUAAUUGUAAAAAAGAAAAUGUAAACAAAAAACAGGAAAAAUUGUGUCCUGAAGAAUUAAAUUCUGCUCUGCUUUCAUUAAUAAAACUUGAUCAACAUAAAUAUUUUGAAAAUGACAUAAAUAAUUUGAAGUCUAAUGUACCAUUGAAGUCUAACUUGAGCAAUUUAAGCCCCUUUUUGGAUUCCCUUGGUUUAUUAAGAGUUGGAGGGCGACUUCAAAAUGCCAAUUUGACUUUCACACAAAAACAUCCCAUUAUUAUGGCAAAAGGUUCUUGUUUAACUAAAUUAAUUAUAACCAGGGAACAUUUAAGACUUCAACAUGCAGGGCCGAAAUUGAUUCUUAGUAGCCUAAAUGAGCAGUAUUGGUUGAUAAACGCUAGUAGAGAAAUUAAAGCUGUUUUGCAUAAAUGUGUAACUUGCUUCAAAUUGAAAGCUAAAAGUUCAUCUCAACUUAUGGGAUCGUUGCCUUUUGAUAGGGUUAAUGCUUCACGACCAUUUCAAAUAGUUGGUACAGAUUAUGCUGGGCCAUUCUAUGUCAAGCAAACCCGUAUACGUAAUCCUGUAAUUACUAAGGCAUAUGUUGUAAUAUUCAUUUGUUUCAUCACCAAGGCUGUUCAUAUAGAGUUGGCAUCUGACAUGACCACUAAUACAUUUUUAGCAUGUUUAAGACGCUUUAUUUCACGUAGAAAUAAACCCACAAAGAUUUAUUGUGAUAAUGGGUCCUAUUAUAAGGGCGCAAAUAAUGUUUUAAAAGAGUUGUAUAACUUACUGAAUUCCACAAACCAUCAAGAUACAAUAGUUAAUUAUUGUAAUUCAGAAAGAAUAUCUUUCCAUUUUAUACCAUCUUACUCACCUGUGUUUGGCGGUUUGUGGGAAGCAGGAAUAAAAAGUAUUAAGUAUCAUAUGAAACGUGUAAUAGGAGAAACUGUGUUGACCUAUGAGGAGUUGUAUACGGUUAUAGUCCAAAUUGAGGCUAUCUUGAAUUCACGACCCUUGACGCCUAUGUCAAGAGAUCCUAAUGACAUGUCAUAUUUAUCCCCUGGACAUUUCCUCACUGGUUCGCCACUGACUUCCUAUCCAGAAUUGCGUAUUGUUGAUGAAAAUGUUGGUAGAUUGAGCUUUUGGAAAAGAUGUACUCAAAUGCAACAGCAUUUUUGGCAACAAUGGCACAAACAAUAUCUUGUAAUGAUGCAAAAUAGGCCCAAAUGGAAAAACCAAAUGCCUAAUUUAGAAAAGGGAACAAUGGUUCUCGUUAAGGGUGAUAAUGUAUCUCCUUUAAAUUGGCCAGUGGGCAGAAUUGUAGAUGUGAUGCCUGGCAAGGAUGGUAAGGUUCGAGCCCUAGAUGUAAAAACUAGUAAAGGUUCCAUCAUGAGAACUUCUGUUACAAAAGUAUGUCCCUUUCCUAUAGAUUAUACUUAAAUAAUUUUGUUUUCUUUUUAUAAAAGGUAUUAUUUAAAGCCUUAAUUCUCUUUAAAAUUUUGUUAGCGAGUAAGUUUUUAUUUCUUUUACAUAAUAAUGUUUAACUUGAAGACUUAGAGUAUUCUACUAGGUUUUAUUUUUAUGUGCUCAAUCACCUAAAUAAUUUUAGUUUUGAUUUGGGACAAAUGUGUUAAGAGUUUGAGUUCUCUUUUAAGUUUUAUUUUACAUAUACUUAACUAAGUAUUUUUGUUUCUUUUAUAUGUAACUUAACUUCAAUUCUGAUAAGUUUUAAUUUAGAGAUUAGUUUAUAAUAUUUUGCCUAAGGCCCCAAUAUGUUCGGACCACGAACAAAAUAUAAAAAUAUCUAUGGUUUUGUUACUAUUAAAAAGGUAUUGUCAUAGACAAAAGUUGACUUCCUUCUUAGCAUCAAAAAUGGAUGCAUACAUAUUUCAUAUUUUCUUGUGUUAAAUUGAUUAAUUCAACGAAUACUAAAAACAUGUUGGUUUAUAAAACAUUG